AUGAAGUGUUGCGAGGUGUGUAAUGCUGUGUGGAUUGCUGAUGCACCUGCCUUUCCCAUCCCAAGUUGUUCAUUUUCCGACGACGAAACUUGUACACCGCAAACUGAGAUGGUGUCAUUGGCUACUGAUGUUGCUGCUAUUGUGCUGCCAACAGACCGGCGGCCAAAGACCCAGUUACAACGAUAUUGUAGCCGAGUAAUAGACAAUGCCACCGGACGCCUUUAUGUUGGUGGAGUGAACAAUAUAUACGACUUAAAACCUUCUGAUCUUAGCGUAAAUGCACAUGCAAUUACGGGUCCAAAAAACGACUCUAAGCAAUGUACAGGUAAUCCAUGCUCGAACGCUGUCGGCAAAAAAGAGAAUUCUCAUGUUACAGGUUUAGCCAUCUAUGAAAAUCAAUCUAAACUCAUUGAAUGCUCUAAUUUAUUUCAGGGUCGGUGUCGUUGGCGAGACUUGACUGAUAUUAGUCGGAAUGAUACUGUCAACGAAUCACUUGAACAUUUUGUUGCCAACGACCCCUCUUUCACCACUGUGAUCUUUGUUGGGACAGAACCUGCCCUAUAUGUUGCUUCAACUUACGUGCCUGAAGACUAUGGCGGUCCAUUCCGUGAUACUGUGCCCGCUGUUGCUUCACUUUCUCUUUCACGUGAUGAAACUUUAUUUGAAAUAUCUCACAAAGGAGUUGGUGGUGGGACUAAAAUUAUGUUGAGUAGUAGUUAUCGAAAUUUUUUCAAGAUUGAAUACAUUGGCGGUUUCCAAAGUGGCAAAUUUGCUUACUUUGCUACAAGGCAACCGGAGAAUAUCACUUCAAAUGUAAUAGGUCCAACAAUCUCUAAAUUGAUUAGAGUUUGUACCCAAGAUCUUCAUUUCUAUAGUUAUACAGAAGUGCCUUUAAAAUGUUACAAAGAUGAUACUGUUUAUAAUUUGGUACAGGAUGUUUAUGUUGCAAAAGCUGGCUCGAGGCUUGCUCGAUUGUUGUCUAUCAGUCGAGAUGACUCAGUGCUUUACGCAGUAUUUACUAAGGAGAACCCGACAGGUGUCUAUGAAAACAGGACUGCACUUUGCGUUUAUUCGUUGAAAGACAUCGAAGAUGUUUUCUGGAAUAUAACGGCUGCGUGUUAUUUAGGUGAAACUACUAAAGGCUUGCCUUGGUUCAAUUCUAAAGGUCCCUGCACAGAAACUAAUUAUACGGGUGGAGAUUUUAAUAAAUUAAUUUGCGGUAAUGAUGCGAACAGCUAUAUUGGUGGUAGUACACCAGUAGAGGCUGAGGCUGCACUUGUUGCCAAAAACAUGUUCUUUACCUCUGUAACAGUGAACGUCUUUAACAAUUAUACAGUCGCGUUUAUUGGAACUUCUGAUGGUAAAAUUUUGAAGGCAAUUAUCGAGAAGGUGAGUUACAUCGAUCGCACUUUGGAAAUUACCAAUGGGCAGCCAAUAUUACAAGAUUUGGAAGUGGAUGCAGCUGGUGAAUAUCUCUUUGUCCUCACGUCAAAUAUGGUAAGUAAAGUAAAGAUUCGCCAAUGUCGUCAAGUUAAUGACUGUAAAAGUUGCCUUGAUCAACGAGACCCUUACUGUGGAUGGUGCGUGUUGGAAGGUCAGUGCAAACCAGAGAAUGAGUGUGAGAAACUGAUACCACCUGCGGACGAUCAGUGGCUUUCAGCAGACAGUCAACGCUGCCCAAUGAUUCAGUCAGUUAAACCUGAAAUGGUGCAGAUUACUGGGAAUUCGUUAUUGGACGUUGAAUUCAAAAAUUUUCCAAGUUUAAAUAGAAAUCUGUUAUGCAUUUUCGAAUUUGACGACAAAGUGAGGUCUAAACCUAUUACGGUGAGAGUGAGCGAAAUCAGAGACUUGAAUUCUGACGAUUCUGAGAAUGACGUGAUUUCUGAAACAAAGAUACUGAGAUGCACUACACCAAAUGUUGCUUUGCUUCCAAAUAUGGCGAAUAGAACAAGUACAUUAUCACGACUUUCUAUUGGAAGCGAAUUCAGAAAUCAGAUACUGGGCUACAUUAACCUAACUUUCUUUAACUGCCAACAAUUCAAGUCAUGUGCCGCUUGUGUAGAUAGUUCCUUUCCUUGCAAAUGGUGUUUAGAAUCAAGCCAGUGUGUCAAUGCGGAAACAAGUGAUUCUAGCUGUAGGGGUGAGAAAAUAAUCAGAGGGAAAAUGCGUGGCGGUUCUGGUAGGCAAGGGUCUCAGUUUUGUCCGCAGUUUAGUACAUCUGAAGAUUUCUACAUACCAUCAGGGAAAUCAAGACAGAUUACAGUGGAAGUUGCAAAUAUUAUGGAUUUUAUGCAGCAUUUUAAGUGUCAGUUCAUAAUUGAACAUUCUGAGAAGGUUAUUUUGGCUGAAAGAAAUGACAACAAGAUCAGGUGUGAAGAAAUAGAAUUUUCUUACAAUAGUCCUAGUAACAGAAAUGGAACAACCGAAGCGAUGUUUUCUAUACUGUGGUCACCACCACAAAAUAACGGUGGCUAUGCUCUCGAAAAUCUUGGUGGUACACGGAUAGUGUUGUACAAGUGUGAAGAAAUGGCCACGAAUUGUGGCUUGUGCUUAGCACUCGAUUCAAAGUUCAAUUGUGGAUGGUGUUCGCACAGGAACAAGUGCUCGCUUCUUGAAAAUUGCCCCUCCUCAGGAAAUUCGCUCUGGUUAAAUGGGACUCAGUUGUGUUCUAAUCCGGUUAUUAGCGACUUCUUUCCUAAGAAAGGCCCUGUUACUGGCGGAACUAGGAUUACUAUCGAAGGGAUCAACCUGGGUCAAAGUUAUGCUCAUGUUUUCAAUAAAGUUUCUAUCGGUGACGUAGACUGUGACGUGGAUGAAGAGCUGUACUCCGUUUCAACUCGCAUUGUCUGUGUUACAAAAAAGAGCUAUACUGGAGUCGUGGCCUACCCGAUAACUAUUAAACUGAAAGAUGAGCCUCGAUACAAGGCCAUUUCAUCUGAAAAUUUUGCAUUUGUCAAACCUGUUGUGAAUGGUAUUGACCCAUCCAAAGGGCCGCAACUGGGAGGAACUGUUGUUAAGUUAUUUGGUGAAAACCUAGACGCUGGGUCUACAAUUAAAGUCGCUUUUGGGAAUAUACCGUGCGAAGUUCUUGAAAGGUCGCAUAACGUCACACUUUGCAGAACAGCAUCGUCGCCUUCAGAUACUAGAGGAGACCUAAACGUCACAUUUGACAAUUCUUAUGAAGUUGAAAGUUUCCCUCGUAUUGUUUUCAAAUUUGAGAAAAAUCCGAAUGUUUCAAGAACAGAGUUCACCCGAAGUAUCGCUUCUGGUGGAAUAUUGGUGGAUGUUCGUGGGAUAGGCUUCAGAUCACUACAGAAGUCAUUUAUAGUUAUGUUUGACGACAACAGGGUUUUAAAAGGUGGUCAAUGCAGGGUUAUUCGCGACGAUCUUAUGCAGAGGGCUCAACCAACCAUUGACAAUCCUUUAGAGCUAGCAUACGGUUUUGAGUUUAACGGAUUUUUAUGGAACAUCUCUCGGACUGGCCGAUUUGGUCAUUUCGAUAUUUAUCCAGACCCUGUUGUCGAGAAAUUCCGAGACAUUCGUUACUAUAGGCCUGAUGAUUACUUGACGAUCAAUGGCGAAUACUUUGAUGCAGCUGCUAGGGAGCGUGAUAUAGUAGUGACAGUAGGAGGUGAAGUAUGCAAUAUCACCGUAUUAGGAGAUCGCGCACUCACCUGUAGACCUCCACUGAAAAAGCCGAGGUCUCUACGUGAUGAGGAUCCGGAAGUUAUCGUUCGUAUUGGUGAAAUAAAAACAAAAGUUGGUCACCUAUCGUAUAAUCAGAAAAAUCUUGAUUUCUCGCGCCCAGUAAUGAUUGCUGUACUUACGGUUAUAGCUCUAGUUGUGUUGGCGUUUAUAGUUUUGAUAAUUUUUUAUCGCCGUAAAAGUACAUCACAUAUGCGCGAAGCAAAGAACCUGAGAGACCAAAUGGACCAGAUUGAAAUGAGAGUAGCUACGGAGUGUAAAGAUGCUUUUGCAGAGUUACAGACUUCUAUGAAUGCAAUCACUGUGGAUGGAACACCUUUUAUUCCUUUCCUUCCAUACAAAGAAUAUAUUGUCCAGGUUUUGUUUUCUAGUAGAGGUUCAGAUAGUCAUCUUUUGAAAGAGUUGGAAGUUGAAACACACAGAGCACGUUCAAUUGAGACGGGUUUAGUGGCUUUCAACAAGCUCAUUAUGAAUAAACAUUUUUUGCUGACUGCUGUUCGCACCAUGGAGGAGAAUAUCUAUUUUCACACCAAGGAACGGGUUUAUGUUGGUUCGCUCCUUAUGGUCAUAUUGCUGGAAAAGAUGGAAUAUUGUACAGAUAUAUUAAAACAGUUGCUGAAAGAACUCAUCUCUCGGACUGUUGAUAAAAAUCUUCAUCCAAAAAUUCUGUUCAGGAGGUCAGAUAGUGUUGCUGAGCGUAUGCUUUCUGUGUGGUACGCUUUGCUUAUGUAUGAUUAUUUAAAGAAAUGUGCGGGACGGAAAAUGUAUGAACUUUAUUGGGCUAUUAAAGAGCAGAUGGAGAAAGGUCCUCAGGAUGCUAUAACACUAGAAUCACGUUAUUCGCUCUCUGAAGAAAAAUUGCUUCGUGCAAGAUUCGACUUUCAGGAGCUUAAUAUUAUUUUGCUUACUGAUAACCGCGGUGGAGGGCAGAGUGAAAUGCCGGUUAAAGUUUUGGACUGCGAUACCAUUACACAGGUGAAAGAGAAAUGUUUGGAUGCAAAGUAUAGAAGAGUUCCCUAUUCUAAACGGCCGUCUGCAAACCAACUAGACUUGGAGUUGCGCUCGAUUCAACCAUUGAUACUGCAAGAUAUUGAUAGCACUUCAAAAAUAGAACCUGGAGGGUGGAAGAAAAUGAAUACUCUUGCACAUUAUCAGAUUAUAAGCGGUGCGAAGUUUGCUUUGCUAUCUCGACAGAAUUCAAAUUACGAAAUGUCGUUUUCAAUCGAAAGAUCUACAUUCUCUUUAUCUAAGCAAAGUCCAACUCUGCCUCGUCCUUUCGGAACAAAUUCGAGUACGCAAAGUCGAGGUAUGCUUUUAGCUAGUGACUCUAACUUCAAGCAUUACCAUCUUGUGAAGCCCUCCGAACUUGGUCCAUCUAAUCAGCAAGACAAAAUGGUUACUGAAAUUUAUCUCACAAGACUGCUAACUAUGAAAGGCACUUUACAAAAGUUUAUACAAGAUCUAUUGUAUGUUAUCUUUCCAAAUGUCACUGUUGAAACUGCAUCAGCCGUUCCUCCUUGUGUCAAAUACAUGUUUGAUUUCCUCGAUGAUCAGGCAAAGGAGCAUGGCUUUGACGACGAAAAAAUUGUUCAUGCAUGGAAGAGUAAUUCUCUGCCUCUUCGGUUUUGGGUGAACUUGAUUAAAAACCCCAAUUUUGUGUUCGACAUCCAGUCCCCUAAUAAGGUAGAGGGUUGCUUAUCAGUAGUCGCUCAAACGUUAAUGGAUGCAUGUUCCACUCAAGACCAUCAGUUGACUAAAGAUUCUCCAAGCAGCAAAUUACUAUUUGCGAGGGAAAUUCAUCAAUAUAGGAAACGGGUUGACAAUUAUUAUGAUAAGAUAAGCAGUCUGCCAGUAAUCACCGACCAGGAGAUGAACGCACUACUUGCAGAAGAGUCUCGUGCUAAUACACGCAACAAAUUUUGUUUAUUUACCGCUUUAAAUGAACUUUACAGGCAGUUCAAACAAAACGAAAACAUGAUUUUGGAAGCGUUGGAAAAUAAUCAGUUUGCUGUGUCACAGAAUCUUCCACAGAAGUUUAAAGAAAUGUUGUUUUUUAUGGAAUGUACAGAUGAUCAGUUGUCCAACAGCGUUAAACCUCCAGCCUUUAAUGGCAUUCCAAAUUUUUACCAUCAGCAACCAAAAGAAGACCUAGUUUAA